CUAUAGCCAGCUCAUUCCAGCAACGAAGUCUCACCCUCCUCACAUCUAAACUUAUCCCAUAAAAUCCCCUUCACUCCAACUCCAUUCUCCACGGCACACAACAAUCGUCAACACUUCACUUCACCAUGGCUUCCACUACUCCUCUGCUAACCCUAACUCCUCUCAUUCUCCUCCUUCUGUCUCCUCUAAUCCAAGCCCAAACUGCCCCCGCCCCGGCCCCCGCUGGUCCCAUCAACAUCACUGGCAUUCUUGACAAAGGUGGCCAGUUCACCACUUUCAUUAAACUCUUAACCUCCACCCAGGCUGCAAACCAAAUAGAAAACCAAAUCAACAACUCGAACCAAGGCAUGACCGUCUUUGCCCCCACUGAUAACGCCUUCAACAACCUCAAAGCCGGUAGCAUCAACGGUCUCACUGACAAGGAACAAGUACAGCUUGUUCAAUACCAUUUACUGCCAAAGUUUUACAAAUUGAAGGAUCUUUUAUUGGUGAGCAACCCUGUUUGGACUCAGGCCUCUAGUUCUGACGGUGGAUCCUGGGGGCUAAACUUCACCGGCCAAGCAAACCAAGUGAAUGUAUCAACUGGGAUUGUUGAGACACAGGUUAACAAUGCUCUAAGGCAGGAGUUUCCUUUGGCUAUUUACCAAGUGGACCAGGUUUUGUUGCCUACUGCACUGUUUGGAGUUAAGCCUCCAUCUGCAGCUCCGGUGCCGUCUUCAAAAACACCUCUAAGCAGCUCCAACAGUGCGACGGCAGCAUCCUCCGGACCUACAUCUGAGGAUACUAAAAGUUCUAGUGGGAGAAUUAAUGUGGGAGUAGGGUUGGUUGGUGGGCUUUCAUUGUUUUGCAUGGGUGUUCUAUCUUGAAUACAAGUGCGAGACUGAAGAGAUAAGGCUUUGUUGUCGGUGUUUUUUUUUUUUUUUUCUAUUUUAUUCGUUAUUUUUUAGAAAAGAUUAUGGGCUGUUUGGGCAUUUGGAGAAUCCUCGUGUAUGUAAUUUAGCUAUCCAUGUCACUAUUUGUAUUACUUUAUUUUGCUUUAAAUUUGUUUACCUUCAUGAUAUGCAAUCCCAGUUUCAAGCUUUAAUUACUUCA